GCUCUGGAGCUUGCGUUAGUUGGGCUGCUUCACCUCGUGUGGGCUGCCGGAGAGUACUGCAUUUCAGUUGUUUGAUCCUCCCAUCAUCCUGGCCCGACACCAUGGGAGUGACUUGGUAGGACUUCAAGGGAUUUUGUGGGGGCGGGGCUUGCCGUCUUGAAGGCCCUCGGAACCUCCAGUGUACCCGGGAGGAGGAUCGGGACCGGGGUCCGCCACCCCCCGGGAGCUGAGCAAGAUGUCCUCGUGUUGUGUGGGUGAGGGGGCCACCGUGAGGGCUGCGGAAUCUGCGGGACUUUUCCCUCGGAGAUGCGCCCCUUCCUCCUGGAAGGCGGCAGUGUGUCCCAGAUGCCCGUGGCCGAGGGCAAGAGUGUCCAGCAGACCGUGGAGCUCCUCACCCGGAAAUUGGAGAUGCUUGGAGCAGAGAAGCAAGGAACAUUUUGUGUGGACUGUGAGACCUACCACACGGCUGCCUCUACCCUUGGCAGCCAAGGUCAGGCCGGGAAGCUGAUGUAUGUGAUGCACAAUUCCGAGUACCCUUUGAGCUGCUUCGCCCUCUUUGAGAACGGCCCUUGCCUUGUUGCUGACACCAACUUUGAUGUGCUCAUGGUGAAGCUCAAGGGCUUUUUCCAGAGUGCCAAGGCCAGCAAGAUUGAGACCCGGGGCACCCGCUACCAGUACUGUGACUUCCUAGUGAAGGUGGGCACGGUUACAAUGGGGCCCAGUGCCCGAGGCAUCUCCGUGGAGGUGGAGUAUGGCCCCUGUGUGGUAGCUAGCGACUGCUGGAGCCUGCUGCUCGAGUUCCUGCAGAGCUUUCUAGGCAGCCACACCCCAGGGGCUCCCACUGUGUUUGGGAACAGGCACGACGCUGUCUACAGCCCAGCAGACACCAUGGUCCAGUACAUGGAACUCUUCAACAAGAUCCGCAAGCAGCAGCAGGUGCCGGUGGCGGGGAUCCGUUAGUGACUGGCAGCUGCCCGGCUGAGCUGUCGCCAGGGGGACUCCACAGGAGGAGCAGGUGCUGCACCCUCAGGCCUCUGGACCCCAGAAACCCAGGGCAAACGGGAAGGUUUUCCUCCCUCUCUAGUUCCCAGCUGUGGCUUCUGUUCUGGGGCUCUGGACUCCCCUCCCCUGACCCUCACACACAGCCCCCCCGACAGGUGUUUCAGCUGGACUUGGCCUGUCCUCAAGAACAGUAAUUACGAAGAGUGGAGAAGUUUGGAGCUUUCCUGCUUUAGGGGAAAAGAUAGGAUGGGGGUGUCCCUGCCUCGUGAGGGUGGGGAAGGCAGUCUGUAUUGCUAACUACUGGGGAUUUGGUCCAGGCCCACAGUGGACAGGCUGCAGGUUGUGUUUGGGUUGGGCUGUAAUAAAGGCUUCUCCCUCUGCUCAAAGGAUGUGGCUGGGCCCCUCCUGGAAAAGGAGUAAGAGGCACAGCUUACUUGAUGGUUAUCAUUUUCUGACCUGUUUGCUGAAGUGAAUUGUGAGUUCACUUUUCUAGGGUGUUGCCUGAGUCCUUUGAAGUCUUCCUCUGGACAUCUUUCCAUUCUGUUGUGAAUUAUAUUAAGGCACAGGCUAAGGUGCUGUAACAAGGAGAACCUAAAGUACAGUGGCUCUUAGAAGUUUAUUUUUCUCUUUUCUAAUAGUACAGAGGUAAUCAAAUGGUCCAGGGCAGAUUGAACUCCACAGGGUCAUCAGGAACUUGGUUUCCUUCUGUCUUGUUUAGCCACCCGUAGGGUGUUGUCCUUGGGUGAGUCAAAGUAGACAUUGGCUCCAUGUCCACAUUCCACUGGGGAAAGAGAGAGAGAAAGCAGUUUCUUUUUUAAAGGACAUGACCUGGAGUUGCUUAAAUCACUCUGGCCACAUCUUGCUGAAAGGAACUCUGGGACAUAGAGCCUCUUACUUGGGUGGUCUUGUGCCCAGUUAAAACGCUGGGGGUUCUGUGACUAAAAGAUGAAGGAGAAAAUGGAUGUGGGGACCCAGUUAGUAGCCUCUGUUACACGGAGCUCAAUGGAUGUGCCCAGGAAUGUUCUUGGCUGUUACUUUGCAGAGAGUACCCCUGUAAGCAAGCCAUUCGUUUAUGAGUUGGACUGUGAUAGGGCUGAUGCGAGAGCCACUUUAGCUGGAUUAGUCACAUGGGAAGUCACUUCCACACCCCCUGCCUAAGUCUCAGCAUCAAGACCUCUCCAGUUCUCAUGCGCCCAGAGCUUAGGGUUAGACAGUUGACCUCGUACUCACACUGUGCUUCAUGCUUUCCUGAGCUCUUUCUCCUCAUCUCAUUUGAGCCUCCAAGCUGCUCAUUUGACCUACAUUGUCUCCCUACCGCACUCCUGCUGCAGGAAUGUUCAGUCCAGCUAGCAUUGAGAUACACAGAGAUGGUCUUAGGAAAUGUAUUAAUGUACAUACUGCAGUAUUGUCCUCAAGGAUACUGUUCCUCAUUGAAGGCACCUAAAGAGAAAUUGUUUUCAGAUCUAAGUGCUCAGAUCUAAAGCCUCUGUAACAAGAAUCAUGCAGUGGUCAUGUUUCCCUUUUAGCUUUGGCUGGCAGGAAGCUCAAUUCAACUUUCUAACUGUAGGACCUGUCAUUUGUGUUUCUUGUUCUCACCUUCCCCUGGCUUCUUGUUUGUUUCUUUGCUUUGUUUUUACUUUUUUAAAUGGAAGUAUGUUUUAGAUAUUAUUUACACAUAAUAAAAUGCAGAGAUUUUUUUAUGUUUUUGGCCUUCUGAUUUAUGUUUGCUUUUGUCUAGAUUAAUCUAUUUGUAUUUUUCUGUAGGCUGCCUCAAAUUUUCUAUGAGAUGAGAUAGCAUUUUGAACAUAAUGUGUUCCCGAAAAUAUAUAGAAAUUGAGUGUGGUAAAUAUAACCCCAGACUUAUGCAUUAUAAAGAGGAGUUCCUUAAAAACUAAAAAAGUAGUAUAAACUCCCUAACUAUCUGUGCCUUUUAGACAUAAUCUUGACUCAUAAAUUUCCAGCAUACUUCACUUUUGUUCUUUUCCCUUAUUUUGAGCACACAUUUGACCAAGAUUUAAGUCCAGUAAACACCAGAUCAGGCUUUAAGAAUUGCCACUUUUUGUCCAUCUUUGUCCUUUGCGUCAGUUAUAGAAAACUUACUGCUAAAAAAGGCGGGUAAUGCAAUACAUUUUUUAAUUAGCAAAUUCAACUCCACUAGCAAAGUUGCCAAAACUGAACUGGUAACUAGUGGGAAGGGCCCAAAUGUCAUCCAGCUUUUGUAUGUAAGUCUGAAUGGGGCUUUCAAGAGUAGUUUAGGGUUGUCGGUGUAUAGUUUUUGAAAGUUCAGGUUGAAUGAAAGUUGAGGAGCAUUUGUAUAAAGGGAAAAGAGGCAUGGUUAUCCUCAUUCUAAAAAUGAAAAAAACUUAAACUCAGCUAGUAAAUGGAGAUGUUGUAUUUUGGGUUCAAAUCUGACAUUCCUCCUUUUACACUAGACUGUCUUCCUGUCACUCCUUCCUUUGCUUCCGGAUGCCUUACCCCUCUCCCUGUCUGUAGCUACCCCAAAAGAGCAGAAACCAGGACACUUCUGGGAUUCUGCUAACAUGUCACCUUGGUGGGUACCUUUGUCAGAGUCACAUAGAAACCUGCCAACCUUGACUGUCAGAACCAUGCAGGGCAGCUUUGGAGUUUACCUGGUUCUCCUUCACUGUAAGAUGGGGAGGCGGUGGCUCCCAGGGGGGUCAUGCUGAGAGGUGAGGCUGGAGUCAGGACCAAACUUCAGACUCAGGACUCGUGGCUCCCAGCGUGUGACAGAGGGUGGCGCCUGGACCUCUGUGUGGUGCCAGGUGAUCUUAGGUGGAAUGUGGAAUACAUUUUUGUUUCCGUACUUAUGCCGUAUUCUAAUGUACAUCAGAGCAAAGUAUAACUGGCACUUCAUGUCUUAGGAUGAGGGUAAAUAAGGUUUUUAAGAAGAGUCUGCUUAAAGGGAACUGUUAAGUUAUAGUGCAGGUGAUACCUGCAAAAGGCAAAAUCUGGAGGAGGAAGGAGGAUGCUAGAAUUUGGGGAGACACUGAGUUUCGUCCACUUUGUGUAUCCAUUGAUAGUUCCUGCUCUUUCCUCCUGUGCUGUUCUGAUUCUCUGUACCUGUUUCCACGCUGCCUCCCGCUUGCCUUCCUCAGGUCUUGAAUACCAAGUUGUCACAUGUCCCCCACUGUGUAUUGGUGUCACUGCUCCACUGAGGGAAUACCUAGGGACUGGCCACUCCUCCCCACCACCAGUUCUGCCCCAACCCGCUGUGUCCAGUGUUCAUUCCUCAGGCUUCAGGAUGAGUGAAAAGUUUUCUCUCCGAAUCCUGGAGGGAGGGUGCGGGGAGCAGAAGCGUGUCCUCCAGCUGUCAAAAGUUGAGACUUAAAAUAUGGGAAGGGCUCUAGGCUGAACAUUUUGAGGACAUUCACAGUGGAUUUAGAGCCAGGCAGGAUGAUGUGUGGCCUUUCCCUCACCACAGCCUCCCUCUCCAUAUCUGCUGCUGUCUGGGAACCUUGGGCAGCAGUCCCCGGUCACAGUUGCUGUGCGGAAUGGCGACCGGCUGGGUUACAAGUUUGGUCCUCUCCUGGGGAGUUGCUGUUUUUGGCCUUCAGUCACUUGUGGAGGGGAUUUUCCCCCAAGGUGAGAACUCUGCCAUUGUGUAGAGCAUUCCAAAAUCAGUCUCUUGGGUUAGAAGGGACCUUUGAGGUCACACAGUUUGACCAUCAUUCAGUAUUCACAUCUUUACACCUUCCCUCCCAGAGAUCAUGCCGCAUUAACUUGGCCUCAUCUAGGGAACUCUGUUCUCCGUGUAUUUCAUUUUUGUCAUUACCUCUGAGACAAAAAGCAAAGCAAAGCAUACCUGUCCUUUCCCUUGCAGGUUGUGGAGACUGUGUGGUACUUAAUGAGGGAGUAGACCAUUAGUUAGGGCUAUAGUAUGAGCAAGCCAUGACUCUUCAAUGCACUGUGGGUUCUCAGCCCCUUAGGGGAGCUUCAGGAGGCCUAAGAUGCCUUGAAAGUGGACACGGCUUUGUGUAUACGUGCAGUUUUCUGGGAAUAGGAUUUAUAGGGUUCAUUAGAGUAUUUCAAAGAUCUGUGGUCCCAAAAAAAGAAUCUCUAAAGGGAGUACAUUGUGAAGGGAAAGAGCAGGAAGACAAAGAUAAAUCAGGUGUGACAUACAUCCGGCUGACUUACUGCAAGCGAGACCUUCCACUGACUUCUGAAUCCUCACCUCGGGUCCCAUCUCGGGAUUUCCCUCCUUCAUUUUAUAGGUCUUCAGGCCUUUCAGUCAGUUUCUGGGAAGCUGAACUGUGUUCCUGCUCUUUUCUUUCCUAUAGGUUCCUGCUUCUCAUCUUGUCACUACAUAUACAUACACACAACCUCUCAGAAAUGAGUAGGAGCAAAUAUGUGUGAAGCAAUCUUUAUACUACUCUUUUGUGCCCCAGGAGUUACUCUUCCAUUAUGACACACUCCAUGGGAUCUGAAAAUUAUCCUGUUGUAGUGGCAUUUUGCUUAAUGAGCGUGUUUUCAUUUUUCAGGAUGGUGUGAUUGAUGAGGCAGAGAAAUAGUUCCUUGCCUCUGUGAUGAAAUUAGCAAGUUAAAAAAAAGGAUUCUUGGAACUCUCGGGGCAAAGAUUCCUAAUUCUCUUGUAGUCUCUGUUUUAUUCCCUAACAUAUCCCUGUCCCAUCAGAUGGCAUAGACCUGUUUUUAAGGUUAAUCUGAAUUCUACUGAGUUUUCUUUGGAGGCUUUAAAAAAGAAUUUAGGGACCACAUUUGUAUAUCCUAGAUUGUCCCAAAGGCAGAAGUCAAUAUUGGACAUCUGUUGUGUGGGAAAGGCAAGGCUAGGAAUGUGGAGGUGACAGGUGUUUCGAGGCAGCCUACUAAAUGGAAGAGAACACUGCUUUAGGAGACAGAUGUCUGGGUGCUAGCCAUAGUACUGUCCCUAACUUGCCAGGUAACUUCAAUCACGUUGGCCUUUCUGGAUCUCAUCUGUGUAGUGGGAGUAAUGAUGCCCUCUUUCUGUACUUCAUAAGCUUGUUGAGAGGCUCAAGGGAGAAUAGAUGUAAAGAGUGCUUUGGAGGCAAGGUGAUGCUGUCUCUGCUUUUGCUUCUUUUUUUUUUUUUUUUUGGCGGUACGUGGGCCUCUCACUGUUGUGGCCUCUCCCGUUUCGGAGCACAGGCUCCGGACGCGCAGGCUCAGCGGCCAUGGCUCAUGGGCCCAGCCGCUCCGCAGCACGUGGGAUCUUCCCAGACCGGGGCAUGAACCCGCGUCCCCUGCAUUGGCAGGCGGACUCUCAACCACUGCGCCACCAGGGAAGCCCUCUUGCUUCUUUUUAAUGGUGCUAAAGGUAUUGUGUAUAGUUAGGAUGUUUGAGAUGGGAAGCUAUAGGGUUAUUACUGCUUGGUAGCAGGUUAAAAUUCUCCUCCAGUGCAAAGGAAAUAGUUGUAAUAGAGAAGAAGCAAUGUGGAGAGAGAGUCCAGAGAAAGUAUCUAUCAUACAGGUGUAUUUUUGUCAUCAGUGAGAUCAGUGAGCACAGUUGUAGGGACCAUUUCUAGAGCAUGGAAAUAUAUUUUUAAUAUUUACUCAUAGUGUUGGGAUUUUACUUGUUCUCCUACAACCUAACGGAAAAGAAGCUGAGCUUUAAAAAAAAAAAAAAACAAGAGUGGGGUAGAAAUGACUAUAUUUUCUUUGUGUAACACAUCCAUCCCUGUUUCCCCUCAACCCCUAAGCCUUAGUUGUGCCUGCUUCUGAACUGCUUUUUGGGUGCCAGUGUAUAUGGUGACUGAAGAAAGUUGUGUCUAAAGAAAGUUCAGUGUUCCUGAUUCUAUUUUCCAUUCCUCAUUGAUGAACCACCUAAGCUCUUAACUCUGA